AUCUUGAACAAGGAUGCGAAUCUUCUGCAGGCUGUCACACCGAAGCAUAGGGAUAAAAACCAGCCUUUAAUGAAUUUUCCCCCUUUCUAGCUUCAGGUUUGGCCCCGCAAAUGGAAGCUUCGUGCUUUGCCUUUGGCAACCGGAAGAUGGGCUUGCAAGUGGGGGCCCUCCACGUCGCUCGAUCGAGCCGCCUUCUGCCCUUCGUUAAAAUGGCGGCCGCAGACGCCGCUGCUUAGGGCGCUCGAGAGGUCCCUGGCUAGGCUGGCGGACACGAGGUUAUCAAAAGGCGGAGGCAGCCGGCCGGGUGACUAAGAUGGCGGGAGGAGGAUUCUUGAGUAUCGUGGAGUACUUGGGGGGAGACGGUGGCUACCGCUGCGGCUAUUGCAAGAACGACACCGGCAACUUCUCCCACGGCAUGUGGGCUCAUUCACUGACUGUUCAAGACUAUCAGGAUCUUAUAGAUCGAGGAUGGCGAAGGAGUGGAAAGUAUGUUUAUAAACCCACUAUGAAUCGGACAUGUUGUCCUCAAUAUACAAUAAGAUGCCAAGUAUUACACUUCCAACCUUCCAAAUCACAGAAAAAAGUUUUGAAGAAGAUGUUAAAAUUUUUAAUAAAAGGAGAACAUUCUAAAGCAGAUGUUGAAGUAGAUCCCAUGGAGUCUCAUAACAAAGAAGCUGACGGCUGUAGUUUUCCCUUAAAAAAUCCACCUGUCAGAAGCCAAUCUGAAUUGCAGCCCCUCAAUACUGACACCAUGGAAGAGGAAGAGAUGACAGAAGAAAUAAAUGUAAAGGAAGUGGACUCAAAAAAUUCUGAAUUGUGUAAUGCAGAACUGAAUGCCGAUUCUAGCAGGUCAUUACAGAUAGCAGACAUUACUCCCAAGCCAGGCAGAGGAGCUGACUUGAGCAAACCGCCAUGUCGUAAAGCAAAAGUCAUACGGAAGGAACAAAAAUUGCAGAAAAAAAACCUGCAGUGCCAGAUGUGGCCAGUUUCACUUGAAUCAGGGUCUCAGAGUUUCACCAGUCAGAACUGCCGCCCUAAAACCAACCAACCAAAAUCAAUCGAAGACUUCAUUUUUGCCAGCUUACCUUCCGAAGCUCUGCACCAGAUAGAGGUGAGGUUAGUACCAGUUUCUUUUGAGGACCCACAGUUCAGUUCAUCUUUUACUCAGUCUGCCACUUUAUUUGCCAAGUAUCAGAUGACCAUACACAAGGAUACUCCUCUUGAAUGUGACGAGGACCAGUUUACGCGAUUUCUCUGUGAUUCACCACUUGAGGCAGAACAUUUACCAAAUGGUCCAGAUUGUGGCUAUGGUUCUUUCCACCAGCAAUAUUGGCUCAAGGCAAAACUAAUUGCUGUUGGUGUAAUUGACAUUCUUCCAAAGUGUGUAUCCUCUGUGUAUCUCUACUAUGAUCCUGAUUUUUCUUCUCUGUCUUUGGGUGUCUACUCUGCUUUAAGGGAAAUUGCUUUUACCAGGCAACUUCAUGAAAAGGCCUCUGAUCUAAAUUAUUAUUACAUGGGAUUUUAUAUUCAUUCAUGUCCUAAAAUGCGAUAUAAGGGACAGUAUAGACCUUCUGAUUUACUAUGUCCAGAGACGUAUACUUGGAUAUCCCUUGAGCAGUGUCUACCUUCUCUUGAGCGUUCAAAAUAUUCUCGCCUCAAUCAAGACUUAAAAAUAGCUGAUGAAGGGAUGAUGAAGGAACUUGAUAAAGUUCAGGUUCUCCAUAAGAGAUCGGUUAUGCCUUACAGGGUGUAUAAGAGAAAUCGAAAAGGACCAAGUGAUGAAGAAACUGUACAGCAAUAUGCCGCUCUCGUGGGACAGGCAUGCUUGGAGAGGAUGUUGCUUUUUCGGAGCUGAAUAUUUAUUCUGUAGAUCAGGGGUCCUCAAAUUUGGUAACUUUAAGGCUGUGGACUUCAACUCCCAAAGGUGGCUGAGGAAUUCUGGGAGUUGAAGUCCACAAGUCUUAAAUUUGCCAAGGUUGGAGACCCCUGCUGUAGAUGUUCCAGAACGAUGUUUUGUCACACCACUGCAAGAUUCCAUAUCUCUGCAGUUUUCUGUUGUUAUCCGUAUUAAAAAAAAUAUGUACUGUGUAUCCUUUUCUGCCUGGGAAUGAACAUGUUGACAAACCUUAGAAUAAAACAUUGGUUUUGAGUCUUUAUAUUAAGGGUUUGGAAGAAUAUUACAGUGACUGAGUUCAUGAGAUUAAAGUCCUUACAUUUUCAAAUAAGUGAAUGGGAUGAGUAUAAAAGUGAGUGGAACAUUUGAAGUAGCAUUUUGUAGGUAUUUACAGAAGAGAAUAUUUAAAAUCAGCUAGGUGAUGAAAUAUAAGUUGUUGUGAAAACUAUAAAUAUUUCAGAAAUUUUAUAUUUUCUUUAACUACUAUCAGAUAAUUAAAUAUUUUGUUCUAGUGUUAUUUCAGAAUUCAGUUAGUCAGAUACUUGGAAGUAAGCCAAUGUUUUGCACUAUGCUUCAGUGUCAAAAACCAGCCACUGACUAGUAGAAUUGGUGCCUAGGAUUGCUAUUAUAUCAGAGGUUCCCAACCUUUUGGGCAUCAGGGACCAGUUCCACCGAGAGAGGUUUUUCCGCGGACCGGAGGGUGCGUGGUUUUGUGUGCUGCCUGCAUCCCACAGAUGGGGCUUUGCUUGUCUGUGCGGACUGGUUGCUGGCAUGCUGCGGCCCAGUACCAGUCCAUGGACCAGGGGUUGAGGACCUCUGUAUUAUAUGACAUAAUAUAAAGCCAUCUAAUGUGUAUCUAUGCACUGCAUCCUUCAAAUUAUUCACUGCAGUCUUUUAAAUGUUUGCUUUAAAUAACUUAUAAUUGUAUUGAAAUAACCAGGAAGUUUGAUGAUUUAGAUUUUUAGUGGCGUUUUUUUUUUGUUUUUUUUUUUUGUAAUUAAAUUGACACUUUGGGAAAUGUUGGAAUUGAAAUGUUUAUCAAAUUACCAAAGAAAUUAAUUUAAAUAUGUAGAUUAAAACUAUAUUGAAGUACAUCCCAUUUUUCUUUUGUUUUAUAUUCUUAAUGUUUAUGUCAAUUGUAGCAUUCAGAGAAUUAGUUUUCAACACACCAUUAAAAAUACCUUACUUGACAUAGAACAAUGUUUUAAUUGGGUAUUCAGAACUUUUAAUGCUAUCCUGUAAUUUAAGCUGGAAAAUACAAGGCUAUGAAAUGCAACAUUCUGCAGUCAGUUGAUAUUUUUCAGGCAACUUUGAUUAGUCUUUCUCUCAUUGUCUAAUACAGCAGGAUAGCAGAACAUAAAAAUCCUGUUAUGCAUCUAGAUUUUGGGGUGAAAUAAUAGUAUGCAUGGAAAUAGCAUUUGUUCAGAAAUUCUUAUAUGCAUGCAGUAGUGCAUAUUGUAUGUUCAUUGAAAUGCAUACAUGUUUAGUUAAAUAUGCUGAUAUGUUGUCAGUGUUGUAGUUUUGACAUUAUCAGCCAUUGUUAAGGGGGGGGGGAUCACAAAUUUUCUUAAUUAGUUCUUAAUUUUACUCCUGCAUCCACACUUGUUUGGCAUGACCAUUAAACAUAGUACCAGCCAGUAACAGUGUGAUCCAUGAAAAUAUGGAUGUCCUAUACAAUUAUUCUUUCCUUUGAAAAUAACAUUUCUUUUUUUCUACAUAGUUAUUUUUAUAUGUGCAGAUUUUACCCAGAAUGAAUUCCUUUUUAUCAGAAUGAUAUUUCUGAGCAAUAUUUCUUAUAAUUAUUUUGAACGCUUUUCAGUUGUAGCUAAAAUAAGAUUUUUUAAAAAGUUGGGUCAGACUUAGUCAUAUGUAGAAUAAAUUCACUGAAAUCAAUGCAACAUUAAUCCCAUUGCAGUUUUAUUUAUACAUCACACAAUGCAAUCUGAUAGUAUUUGUUCUAGCAGUUUAAAUAACAUCCUAAACAUAAAAUAUAGGAAGUAAAAUACAUAGUAUUAAGUCCUUAAAGUAGUAACUUCCCCUGGAUUAAUUUUGCAUGGAUUUCCUACUCAGAAUUUCUAAUUGGAAGAUUGGCUGUAUCUUUAUUUGUCCUCAAACAACCAAAGGACCCAUGCUUUGGAGAAAUUAUAUAAUUACAGUUAGAUUGUGUGUUCAUUGGCUAGUAUUUUUUAUCCAAUAAAAAUAAUUAAUAUUUGAUUGCCACUAGGGGGCACAUUCCAACUUGAAAAUCAUUAAUGAACUGUUUGUCAUUUCAACAAUAUUCAUUAUUAUUCUACAUCUGGUUUCCCUAUAGUUUUUUUUUUAAAAAAAAAAAUCCUGGAAAUCCUGAUAAAGAAACUAUUAUUAGAGUCAACAUGUAGUCAUAAAAUAGUGAAGAGUCAGUAGAAUAAAAAUAUAUAAUUGAUAUAAAAACUAAACAUUAUUUUGUUUAAAACAAAACAACAAAAAUAUUUGAGCCACCAAAAGAACAUUGAAUAAAACAUGUCAAUGUAUCUAGGAUUCAAUGAAUAUAGUACUUCCAUUCUCUUGCUUUGUGUGAGCUUGUUCAUUCAAGUAUUUGAAUUUUGUGCCACAGUAGUUCCCAUUGAUAAAAAGGAAAGCUGGUUAUUUUUUUGCGACAUCUCUCUUCUGGUAUUAAAGAAAUAACACUGAAAUGGAAAAAGUAUUCUCAGUAGUAUCUUUAUAAACAGAGAUUAUACAUUAAUGUGGUGUUUUGGGUCAUUGUUGGUAAAUUGGAAUUGCUUCUGUAAACAUGGAGUGGUGAUUUUAAAAACUGCUCCUUACUUAUAGGAGAGAUUCAUGCUGGCUGGGGGUGAUAGAAGCUAGUUAUAAAGCCAUAAUAAAGAACAGAAUAGUUCUGUUCCAAUCCCCAAAUAAAUAGGCCUGAGGGAUUAUUUCCACCAUUAAGCUGCUGACAACACAUACAUUUACAUCUUGUAUUAUUUGGAAACUAAAAUGAAAUAAAGAACUGCUUAAUAAACAGGAGUAUGUUGGACUGGAGCCAGAAUAUCUGAAAGACUGCUAAUUCUUGUAUGAGCCGGCUUGUAAAGUAUGUAACACAGGAUUAUGAUUAUUCUACUAUGAAACUCUUUCUCAAGAAAAAAGUCAGACUUCCUUUUUCCAAUAUGUUGUAGAUUUUUAUUAGUUGGUGAGGUACUUUAAUUAUUACUGUUCCGUGUUUUAAUUAAAGUUUUAUUUCACUUUAAGUUUAUUAUAUUACUUAAAACUGUGUGAGAGCAUGUGUGUUUAUGUGAAUAGAUAGUAUGUGGUUGAGGGCCAGUUUAAACAAAAUCUAUUUUUAUCGAACGUUAACAAAAGAUACAGGACCUGUCAAGACAUUUAAAGAGAAGCUAUUUAUUUUUACUUCACUUGAACAGAAAGAUGAGAACUGUCAGCUAAGUAGUAAUUCAAUAUAUAAGGUCACCAAUAAAUGUUAUUUUCCAAAAAGGUGGACAAUUAGAAA